AUGUCUACGUUACCCAAGAGGAUUAUCAAGGAAACCGAAAGAUUGGUGAGUGAGCCUGUCCCAGGCAUCUCGGCUGAGCCCCAUGAAGACAACCUCCGCUACUUUGACGUGUCCAUCGAAGGUCCCCAGCAGAGCGCCUACGAAAAUGGUGUCUUCAAGCUCGAGCUAUACCUUCCCGACGAGUACCCCAUGGAGCCCCCCAAGGUCCGUUUCCUCACCAAAAUCUAUCAUCCUAAUAUCGACCGCCUCGGUCGUAUCUGCUUGGACGUGUUGAAGACGAACUGGUCGCCUGCCUUGCAAAUAAGAACUGUGCUAUUGUCUAUACAAGCCCUUUUGGCAACUCCAAACCCCAACGACCCCCUCGCCAAUGACGUCGCCCAGGAUUGGAUCGCUGAUGAGGACGCAGCUAUAGCCAAAGCCAAGGAAUGGACAUCUCUCUAUGCCUCACCUUGA